AUGGAAACCGAACCCUUACUCCUCAGAGGGGAACUACGGCGGAAUCCGUCAUCUCUCCCCGCAAACCGCGUCCUGCUCCGUCUCUAUACCUCACACUUCCUCUCAACAUGGAACUCGCGCAUGUUUGAGUUCGGCGCCGUAGUUUUCCUGGCAUCUAUAUUUCCAGGGACAUUGCUAUAUGCCUCCGUCUACGCCCUGGCGCGCUCCCUGUUCGCUGUGGUAUUAUCGUCAUGGCUGGGAGCCGUGGUUGAUCGGCUGGACCGAUUAUCGGCGAUUCGACAUUCUAUUAUCUGGCAACGGAUCCCGGUUGCGGUGUCUUGUGUUUGCCUGGGCCUUCUCUUGACAGGCCCGUCUGUUCGGCUAUCAUGGGCUUUGUUUAUCGCUUUGGUCCUGCUAGCGGGUGUUGAAAAGCUCGCUGCUACAGCUAAUACGGUGUCUGUUGAAAGGGAUUGGACUGUUGUCAUUUCAGAUGCAUUGGGUUUUCCACGACAAGAAUUGAAUGCAUCCAUGAGACGGAUUGACCUGUUCUGCAAACUCAUUGCCCCUGUGGUCGUGUCUCUGAUGGAUGGCUUGCUCUCCACGAGAGUUGCGAUUUGGGCGGUUCUGGGUAUCAAUGUCGCUGUUGUGCUCGUUGAAUACUUUGCGAUUGCUCACCUCGAUCGAAGUUUAGAUACACAAGACGCAGAGGGACAGACUACCGAGGACAAUGACGAACCAAGCCGUGAGGAAAGGCAAUACCUCAUCACCAGAUUCUCACAGUAUAUCGGAAGCACAGUCGCCCCCUGGCAAGAAUACGUACGACAGCCCGUCUUCCUCGCCUCCUUCGCCCUGAGCCUCUCCUACCUCACCGUGCUCUCAUUCGGCCCUACCAUGGUGACUUUCCUGCUCCACUCAGGAUUCAGCUCGCUCCAAGUCAGCGCCAUGAGAAUCGGCGCUGUUCUAGCCGAGCUAUCAGGAACAUGGGUAGCGCCCUUCCUCAUGCAGCGGAUCGGCCCGAUUCGAUCUGGCCUGUGGUUCCUGAAUUGGCAGUUUGCAAGCUUAGCCGGCGCAGUGGCUGCAUUUGCCUUUGCUAGUGACUCGCCUCGAGUCGUUGGCGGAAGUCUUAUUGUUGGCGUUGCUCUGAGCCGGUUGGGUCUUUGGGGAUUUGACCUGUCAGUGCAGUUUCUAGUACAAGAGAGCAUCGAAGCAGGAAACAGGGCCCGAUUCUCCGCGACGGAGAUGGCGCUGCAGAGCGUGUUUGAGAUGAUUUCGUUUGCGACUACGAUUGUUUUCGAGGACCCGGACCAGUUCAAGUAUCCGGUGUACAUCAGCUAUGGUGCUAUUGCGGUAGCUGCGGCGUGUUUUGCUGCCUAUGUGCGUAGAGAGAGGGGGCAUUUGCUGCACACGUCCAAGUGUGUGGCUAGGUAA